UCCUACCUAAGUUCUAUAUCCAAGCUGAAGACUCGUUUCUGGAGUUCAGAAACAAAGCUCGAAUUCCACGUUUUUUUCCGUCAUGUCAUUUCUUCAAACACCAACAACAAGAAUGUAUAGAUUCAAUCACUUGGACAGAGUUUCAGACACGACUCAGUCGAGGGUUGUGGAAAUGCGUUCUGAAGAUCAUUGGAGAACUUACUUCAAUGCCUCCAAAAGAAACAACAAGCUGUUGGUGGUGGAAUUCACAGCUACGUGGUGCAGACCUUGUCGAUUGAUGGAACAAACUAUUCAAGAAUUUGCUGCUACGUUCUCAGAUGUUGAUUUUGUCAAGAUUGAUGUGGAUCGUUUGAUGUUUGUGGCUGACGAAUUCAAGGCGAACACAUUGCCAGCAUUUGUACUGAUGAAGCGAGGCAAACAAGUUGAUAAGGUAGCAGGAGUCAAAAAGAAUGAGUUGCAGAGCAAGAUUGAGCAACACAGGAUACCAUAACUAUGAUACCUUAUAUGCAAUAGUUAACGAAGCCAUAUAUAAUCAACACGAAAAAAAUAAAGCUAAGAGAUUACGACAUUUGACAUUUUAUUGAGGCAUUUCCCUUUUACCUGUAACUAAGUCAAAUCAAAUAAUAUUCGACACUAUUGAAUGUUGUUUUAGUACAAA